UACAAAAAACCUAGAAAAUCGCUCUUUCUCAUUUCAUUCGUUUUCCAUCCUUACUCUCCUCAGCUGCUGACUCCUUCCCGGCUCUUUGUUUGUUCUCUCAACUCUCUCGGAACUCUGAAUCAAGAUUCUCAAGUGUUGCUUCUUUCUUCUCUAAGAGCUCUCUCUCUUUCUCGCACUUGCGACGCCGUCUUCUACAAAAUGGUUGAGUUCAUUCCAAAAUUUAGUGUGAGGGCAAUCUGGCAGAGAUGGCGUGAAUCAUAUCCGAAAGAUGGGACUAAGGCGGAUGAUGCUAUAAUUGUGUUUACGGGAGUUCCAACUAUGUAUACUCGAUUGAUACAAGGUUAUGAAGCAAUGGAUCCAGAAUUACAAGAGGCUUCUGCCUUAGCUGCGAGCAAGUUGCGUCUCAUGGUAAUCAGCUUGCAACACCUUCUUUCUCAGGAAAUUUUGACCAAAAUCCAAUAGCCAAGACUACUGUGUGUGGAGAGGGGUAACACGUGACAAUGUUACCUUCAAUGUCAUUGCACUCAAUCUCUCAGGUUUAAAUCUUGAUGGGGAAAUCUCACCUGCGAUUGGCGACCUUAAAAGUCUGCUCUCUAUGUAUUUGAUAUGAGAGGAAAUCACCUCUCAGGACAGAUCCCCGAUGAAAUUGGUGACUGCUCCUUUUCGAAAAGCUUGGACCUAUCAUUCAAUGAGUUAUAUGGGGACAUACUGUUUUUAGUUUCAGAGUUGAAACAACUAGAACACCUAAUUUUGAAAAACAAUCAGUUAAUUGGUCCAAUUCCCUCAACCUUGUCCCAAAUUCCAAAUUUAAAACUCGUAGACCUUGCACAGAAUAAACUGAGUGGGGAAAUACCUAGGCUUAUAUACUGGAAUGAAAUUUUGCAAUAUCUAGGUUUGCAAGGGAACAAUUUGGUUGGUACUCUCUCUCCUGACAUGUGUCAGUUGACAAGGUUGUGGUACUUUGAUGUAAGAAAUAAUAGUUUGAUUGGUAGCAUCCCUCAGAACAUAGGCAAUUGCACCGCCUUCCAGGUCUUGCAUCUGACUGAAGAGAUUCCUUUUAAUAUUGGGUUCUUGCAAGUCGCUACAUUAUCUUUGCAAGGUAAUCAACUCUCAGGAAAAAUCUCAUCGGUGAUUGGCUUGAUACUUAAAAUGUAUAUUCUACUCCGUGAUCUAAUUGUCAACUUUCUAAUUCCGAUAUCGGAUGUUGUAGGUAUCUGCAUGGUAACAAGCUGACUGGGCCCAUUCCCCCAGAGCUCGGAAAUAUGACAAAACUCCACUAUCUGUACAAAUUCUUUUUCAUUAUCCAAGCCUGUUUCUGUUAAUUGAUCUCUAUUAAUGUUUCUUUAACUGGAAAUAUUGUGGAAUAUAUAUGCAUUUUGUCUUGG